AAAAAAAGCAUGGAAGGUGCAGGUUCUGGAUCUAAAAAAGCGGUUUUGUUUAUUUGUCUCGGAAACAUUUGCCGUUCGCCAAUUGCUGAAGCCGUCUUUUUGGAUUUGCUGAAAAAGAAAGGGCAACUUGAUGAGUGGCAUGUUGACAGUGCUGCUAUAGGGGACUGGCAUGUUGGAGGUCCCCCAGACAAACGAACAAUGAAGACCUUGAAAAAGAAAGGGAUAAACGACUACCACCAUAUUGUCAGACAGAUUAAUGUGGAAGACUUUUACAAGUUCGAUGUUAUCUUUGGUAUGGAUGAACAAAAUAUGAGUGACCUUGAAGACAUCCAACCAAAAGGAAGCAAGUCUGUACUUGAAAUGCUUGGAACAUAUGGUUCCAAAUGCAAAACCACUAUUGAUGACCCGUAUUACGGUUCAAGAAUUGAGGAUUUUGAGGAUGUGUUUGAUCAAGUAGUGAGAUGUUGUGAAGCAUACCUAAAGAAAAACGAAGAAAAAAAAUCUUGACAGCUGAAGUUUGUUAAUCAACUUUUAAGUUGAUGUAGAGAUUAAAUUUGUUAACAGUCUUUUUCAGUUAAUAUAGAUAUGUGAGUUAUCUGUACUGGUGAGAUUUAAAAGGAAUGUUGUUUUUGUGUUUUAACAGUUUAUGUUAGAACCAUCCCUAUCAAUUGUACUAAUCUGUUAUGAGCAUAUGCUCUGUUGCCCUACAGUUUUUCUCUUCAAAAAGAUGUUUAUUAUUAAAAAAAUUGUUUUGGUUGUAUUUGAUAUUUGUUGAAAACAGCAUGCAUGAUAACUGAAAAUUUUACCUGCUUUUUUCUUGUUUUUAUCUUGAGUUCAGAUUUACCAUUUUUACCCAGUUUUACCUUUGAGUUUGAGGUAAUUUCAAAGACGAGUGAUUACAGUCUAUAAACUAUGUACUUCUGAUCUGACUGGAAAUAAAACCAACUGUUCAUAAUA